AUGGAGAAUAGUACCCCGGCAGGCCAGGACUCGACGGUGGGUGGUGUACGAACUGCAAAUCAGCAGGGAGGUGCCGUCGUUGGUUCCGGACGAGGUAAUAACGCGACUACUGUGCGUGUCGCGGCACAGCAAAAUCAAUUAAGUUUGAAUCUUGGUUCCAACACCAACACAACUUCCAAACCGGCGCCGCGCAUGCAUGUGACGGGCACCACAAGCUCGGCGUAUGCUCAGUUUGACCCACCUCAGAGACAGCAGCCGCUGGCGUCGCAGCAGCAAAACAAGCAGAAUAGCUUGAUGAACAACCAGGGGCAACUACAAGCUGGUGGCGUACAAAACAUGAACAACGCUCGACAGCAGCAGCAGCAGGGAGGUGUGAUGAAUGCUAAUGCUCAGAGCCUGCUCCAGUCCCUGCUUCAGAACCACUUGAAGAUGGGCAAUGCCGUCAACACUCUCACUCAGCAGCAAGAAGUAUUAAACCAGGGUGGAGAAGGUGACAACAAGAUCCAGCAAACCCAUCAUGAUUUUGUGCAGGCGUACUAUUUGCAGAGUGUGUUGAUACAGCAGCUACUCACGCAGCAGGAAAAUUUCAGUAAUGUAAAUGACCCUAUUAAUCCCGAGCAGCAAGAACGUCAGCAGCGCUUCAAUAACCAGCAAAACAACCCG